UUGACUGACAGAGGCAGAAUCCUCAUAAAACAUCGCUUGUCUUUUUUCAGUUUUCUAUUGUCCAUUUAAAUCGUGUAAUCGCGAUGACCAUUAAACGAUCGUAUAAAUAGUCCUGUUGUGUAGCUGAACAGAUGUUGGAUGAAACCACAGUUCCAUAUAUGUUCAUUCAAAGGAAGGGGGAGGGCAGGGGGUUGUGGGUUCCACGCAGAGAAGGGUGGAAACGGAUGAUGGUGCGGGGCGCGCCUCUCCUUUCCAAAAUCGUCUGACCGCUCGCCCUUUCCCAGGGCUCAUUCCUCUCCUCUCUUUCUCCAAACCCGUGCGUAAAGGUAGAGGAGAGAAUGAACUCUCUAGUGAAAUGGGGGCUUAUCCUCUUUGUCCUCGUCUCCAUCAUUCUCAACAUCGUCCUGAUUGGCAUCCACUCCAGCAGGUCGCCCAAAUGUUCCUCUCAGCGCGUCCAUCCGCUGCGGGGCAAACACGACGACCGCAGCCUGGUGUUCGCUGACCUCACCCGGGAGGAGUACCUGCAGGUCCAGCAGUACAUGCUCAAGCAGAAAGACUUGAAUAUAUCCACCAAGCAGAUCACCAAGCCAUCGGAAAACUUCUUGUUCCUUAUAGACCUCUCUCUGCCAAAGAAAGCGGAUGCGCUGGCUUACUUGGACGGCAAAGGCAACAAGCCGACGAGAGAGGCAACGGUGGUGGUCUUCCACGGCGCUCUAGGCUGCAUCAAGGAGUACGUUGUGGGACCCCUGCCCAGCCCUAUAUACCACAGAGAUGUCACUAAAGAGAGGUACAAGACAGAGCUGCCUAUCACGGCGCGCACGGUCACCAUCGGAGAAUACUAUCUGCUUUUCCAGUUUCUCGAGACUGAGGUCUUCUCCAAGCUGGAAAAGGUCAUGAAAGAGAGCUUCGACAUGGGGAAGGACAAGAAGAUAAACGCGUUCGAGCAAAUGCCUCGCGGAGUUCGAUCCGGAGACAGAAAGACCUGGAUAUCUUUCUUCAGGGAUGUGAGCGGUAUGUACAUCUACCCUGUUGGUUUCGAGGUACUGAUCAACCAUGAGAGCUUAAACGCGUCCGAAUGGAAAGUUGAGCGAGUGCUUUAUAACGGCCAAUACUUCGACACAGUGGAAGAACUUAAACAGAAAUACAACACUGGCUCUGUUAAGAAAAUAGUUUACAAGGAGUCCCCUGAGUAUGGCUCUCUGAAACCCAAGAAUAAGUCACUGCAAAUCGGCCCACAGCUGUUUUACGCAGAGGGGAAGCGCUUCAGCGUAAGCAAGAACCACGUCCUGUAUCUGGACUGGAGCUUCGCCUUCGGCCUGAGCUCUCUCACGGGCAUGAGGGUGUUUGAUGUGCGGUUCAAGAAUGAGAGGAUAGCUUAUGAGCUUAGCGUACAGGAGGCCAUGUCAGUGUAUGGGUCUGUGACCCCGGGGAUGAUCCUCACCAAGUUUCUGGAUUCGAGCAUCGGGAUAGGACGCUUCGCACACGAACUGGUCCGUGGCGCGGAUUGCCCCUACGAAGCCACCUACGUGGACACAUAUCGCUACAUCGAUGUCCCAAGUCCGAUCAGAUUUAGGAAUUCAAUAUGCAUCUUUGAGCACAACAUGGGCCAGCCCCUGCGGAGGCACUUCUCUGACUUUUUCCACAACAGUUAUGGAGGGAUGGUGAACAGCGCCUUAGUGUUCAGAACGAUCACAGCUAUAGGAAACUAUGACUAUAUGUGGGAUUUCAUCUUCUACCAGAGCGGAUCAGUAGAGGCCAAGGUGCACGCCACCGGCUACAUCUCUUCUUCUUACAUGGUGGACGGUAGCCGGAAAUACGGUCACCAGGUGGCGGAAAAAGUCCUGGGGAAUAUCCACACCCACUUCAUCAACUUCAAAGUGGACUUGGAUGUGUUGGGAGUGAAGAAUGUAUUCCAGACCAAAGACAUGGAGUUUGUUAAUGUGUCACUGCCAUGGAUGCCUGAUCACUAUGCUAUGGUCCCCCAGCUGGUGGAAAAUCAACUCAAAACAGAAAAGGAGGCCGCUCUGCGUUACAACACCAAGAGUCCUCGUUACCUCCACAUUGCCAGCAACAAGACCAACCGCUGGGGUCACCAACGUUCCUACAGGUUGCAGGUGUUCAGCUUCACAGGGGACCACCUCCCAGAGAGCCAGGCUGAGGAGAAGGCCAUGUCCUGGGCCAGGUAUAAGGUUGCCAUCACCAAGCAUAAGGACUUAGAGCAGACCAGCAGCAGUCUGUACAGUCAAAACAACAUCUGGACUCCAGCUGUCGACUUCAGCAAGUACAUUGACGACAACGAAAACAUCGAAAAUGAGGACCUGGUUGCCUGGGUGACCACCGGUUUCCUCCACAUCCCUCAUGCCGAGGACAUCCCCAAUACAGUAACUGUGGGAAAUGGGGGUGGGGUCCUGCUGCGGCCCCACAACUACUUUGAUGAGGAUCCAUCCAUCCAUUCUGCUGAUGGGGUAUACUUUGGCCCGGGCAGUGAGAACAGCUGUGACAAGAACAGGAUGGCAUGCCUGGCUCAAGACACCUGCAGUCCUGUGCUGGAGCCCUUCACCUAUCAUGGCUUUGAUGGAGUCAUGAAGUUUGAGGACUGGCUCUGAUUUAGUGAUCACUGCUAGCUAACAGUUUCCAAGCCAUGAUGAUUUCAGAGAGAGGCUUGGGCUUAUUUAUCAAUCUAUCAUGAAGCUUUUGUCAAUUUUAACAUGUUUAUAGAAGCAGUUCAGGACAGCUUUUUGUGCUACACGUGUUUUAAAACUGUACUAUGCAAGAAAUUGAACAAAGUAUUUUUUCAGUAUUUUCUUUCUGAGCAUGAGAUAAGAAGAUUGAUACCACUCUCAGUUCUGUGUGUUAGAAUAAAGCGGGAGGAAACAGCUA